GCGAGGUAGGCGCCCCCAUCCGCAGCCCUUCCCGGGCGCUCUCCCUGCACUUUCUGUUUUCCUACUCACUUGCGAGCCGCCGGGCUGCAGCCCCAAGGACUCCGCGGCAGGAGCAGCGGCGGCGGCGGCGGCAGCCGGUCACUAUCAUAUGACAAAGGCUUUGCCGCAGUUCAUCUUCCUCCCUGUGUACUUUCCAUUUGCCUUCCUGGAUGUUCAUGAAGCAGCCUGGUAGGUGAUACAGUGGCAAAAUUCUGGGUAUACAAGCAUGAGACCCCCAACUCAGUUUGCAGCAUUACAUAAAGUCAGAGUAACUGUGUCCUCUCUAAAUAAAAUCCUGCUGCAUCACGGAAGCUGGGAGUUCUGAUGUUCCAUUGAACUCACAAUGGAAAGUCUUGACUUGACCGGUCAUAGUAAUGAAAGGCAGUAAUAGAAAUAAAGAUCAUUCAACAGAAGAAGGGACUGGAAAACGACCAAAAAGAAAGUGUCUUCAGUGGCAUCCAUUACUAGCCAAGAAGCUGCUUGAUUUCUCAGAAGAGGAAGAAGAGGAAGACGAAGAGGAGGAUAUUGAUAAGGUUCAACUUCUUGGGGCUGAUGGCCUAGAGCAAGAUGUUGGUGAGACUGAAGAUGAUGAAUCGCCAGAACAGCGAGCCCGGAGACCAAUGAAUGCAUUUCUCUUAUUUUGCAAGCGUCAUCGUUCCCUUGUCCGUCAGGAACACCCCAGGCUUGAUAACCGAGGUGCUACCAAGAUACUAGCUGAUUGGUGGGCUGUUCUUGAUCCAAAAGAAAAGCAGAAAUAUACAGACAUGGCUAAAGAGUAUAAGGAUGCAUUUAUGAAAGCAAAUCCUGGCUAUAAAUGGUGUCCUACCACAAACAAGCCUGUGAAAUCCCCAACACCCACUGUCAACCCACGAAAGAAGCUGUGGGCCUUCCCAUCUGAUGCUUCAAGAGACUUGCCAAGUCCCAAGAAAGCAAAGACUGAAGAAAUGCCUCAGUUAAACUUUGGAAUGGCUGAUCCUACUCAAAUGGGAGGUCUGAGCAUGUUGCUUUUAGCUGGAGAACAUGCUCUUGGCUCAUCAGAGAUAUCUUCUGGUACUUGCAGGCCUGAUGUUUCAGAAUCCCCUGAAUUGCGUCAGAAGUCACCAUUAUUUCAGUUUGCUGAGAUAUCUUCAAGUACAUCUCACCCUGAUGUUCCUUCAAAACAGUGUCAAGCAUCAGCCUUGUUUCAGUUUGCAGAGAUUUCUUCAAACACUUCACAGCUGGAUGGUGCUGAACCUGUGAAACGCUGUGGAAAGUCUGCACUCUUUCAACUGGCAGAGAUGUGCCUGGCAUCAGAAGGAGUAAAAAUUGAAGAACCAAAGCUAAAAAAUGCAAAAGAAUCAGAUGGCAGAAGAAUUACAGAAUUAGAGAAAGGAAAAGAAGAAAGAGAAAUGAAAAUGGAGAAAACUGAUGAAACCAGAUUACAAAAGGAAGCAGAAUUUGAAAAAUCAACUAAAGAAAAUCUAAGAGAGUCUAAGGCAUUACGAAGUGCUGAGGAGAUGCAAAUGGAUGAUAUAAUGGCUAUCAAAAUGGAAGAUCCCAAAGAAAUUAAAAAGGAAGAGUUAGAGGAAGAUCAAAAAUGUAGUCAUUUCCCUGAUUUUUCUUACUCUGCCAGUAGCAAGAUAAUAAUAAGCGAUGUUCCCAGUAGAAAAGAUCAUAUGUGCCAUCCUCAUGGGAUUAUGAUCAUUGAGGAUCCCACAGCAUUAAACAAACCAGAGAAGCUAAAAAAGAAAAAGAAGAAAAGUAAAAUGGAUCGACAUGGAAAUGAUAAAUCCAUACCCAAGAAGACUUGCAAAAAGAGGCAGUCUUCAGAGUCUGACAUUGAGAGUGUAAUAUACACCAUUGAAGCCGUUGCAAAAGGAGACUGGGGCAUUGAGAAACUUGGAGAUACCCCUCGCAAGAAGGUCCGCACAUCCUCAAGUGGCAAGGGAAACAUUUUGGAUGCCAAGCCACCAAAGAAAAAAGUGAAAUCAAGAGAAAAGAAAAUGUCAAAGGAGAAAUCCUCGGACACCACCAAAGAAUCAAGACCUCCAGAUUUCAUUAGUAUUUCUACCAGCAAGAACAUUUCUGGUGAGGUGCCAGAGGGUAUAAAAGCAGAGCCAUUGACCCCCACAGAGGACGCAUUACCAUCCAGCCUACCUGGACAGGCCAAGCCUGAAGACAGUGACUGUCACAGAAAAAUAGAGACUUGUGGCUCCCGGAAAUCUGAGAGGUCUUGCAAAGGUGCUCUUUAUAAAACCCUGGUGUCUGAGGGCAUGCUGACCUCUCUGAGGGCUAAUGUUGAUAGAGGGAAACGAAGCUCAGGUAAAGGAAACUCUUCUGAUCAUGAAGGGUGUUGGAAUGAAGAAAGCUGGACAUAUAACCAGAGUGGGGCCAGUGGGAGCAAGAAAUUUAAGAAGAUGAAGCCAAAGGAAGACUGUCUCCUUGGCUCAGCAAAGCUGGAUGAAGAAUUUGAGAAAAAAUUCAACAGCCUCCCUCAAUAUAGCCCUGUUACAUUUGACCGGAAAUGUGCACCUGUCCCAAGAAAAAAGAAGAAGACUGGGACUAUGUCCUCUGAACCGACUAAAACCAGCAAAGGUCCUUUCCAGUCUCAGAAAAAGAACUUAUUCCACAAAAUUGUCAGCAAAUAUAAGCACAAAAAGGAGAAGCCUAAUGUUCCGGAAAAAGGGAGUGGGGAUAGAUGGUCAAACAAGCAACUCUACUUCGAUGCUAUUCAAACUUCAGAAGCCAUAUUUUCAGAAGACAAAAAUACCACAGAGCCCGCUCACAAGAUUAAAAAUGUCCCACCUAUUUCGAACACUCCAGAGCCAACAACAAUGCAAGAACCCUUGGUUGGCAGCCAAAAGAGAAAAGCAAGGAAAACCAAGAUCACACACCUUGUCAGGACAGCAGAUGGCCGGGUAUCACCAGCAGGAGAUGACAAACCAAAGGAACAACUGCAGAGGAGUCUCCCUAAAGUAAUCGAGUCAGGCUGCAAUGAUGAAUGCUCACACAAUGCUGAGACUAUGGAGACGAGGAGCAGCACUCCUGAGAUGCCCGCUGUGUCUGCGUUCUUUAGCCUUGCUGCACUGGCUGAAGUGGCCGCCAUGGAAAAUGUGCACAGAGGUCAGAGGUCAACCCCACUCACCCAUGAUGGACAGCCAAAAGAAAUGCCACAGGCUCAUGUACUUAUUUCCUGUGCUGACCAGUGAAGCGUUCUUUAAUUGUAAAACAUUGUGCUUUACCUACUACCCUAGCCUUGUCUUUACCGAGGGAUGCUAGUGAGUCCAUAUGGUGGAAAACAUAGACUGCAAACGAGUGCUUGUUGCCCAUCACAGUCCAGAUUCACUUGAAGCCGAAGUUAGCAUCCUGGGUCGGUUUGUUCUUUCUGAACCCAGAAUUUGUGAGGGUGAUAUUAUCUGUCUGAUAAUGAGCAGAAGCAGAAUGUUUGUGGAGCUUUGCUUUCUAUUGAAGGCUUUUGACGGUAACAGGUGGUAACUUGGUAAAAGGCUGCCUUUACUGUAGCUCAUCCAGCAUCUCUUUUACCAACCAGAGAGUGUAAAACUAGUUUCGUAUUUUACCUAGUUAUUCUUUCAAAAAACAAAAAAGAAAAAACUGACGCACUGCACUAGUUAUUAUUAGAUAGUCUUUUUUGUACAUGGAGAUUUAAGUUUAAGAUGGUUUAUAUAAUAGGUUAUACCUACAUUUAUAUUGUAGAAUAAUAUUAAAAAGCCUGUUCCAGAGACUCCCAAGCAGCAGGGGCAGGCAGAUGUACCAUUGUUAGCGGUGUAUGCUCGGCCUUGUGGUCCAUAUAUUCUGCACUUUUAUAUUUGCCACCAGAGUGGUAGUUUGUUGGCAAAAAAACAAAAACAAACAGAGCUAAAAUUUACAAUUCUUACAAGCUGAAUUUUUUUCUUAGCCUUGAAUGACCAAGAAGAACUUGCUUGGGUCAAAUUUUGGCAAAUAUUUUUCCCAAACAGGGAAAGAGUCCUACAGAUUUCUGAUGUUUUCAUGCCUUGAGGAUUUGUUUAUUUUUACACAAGGGUCUAAGUGACCAGUGGUUCGUUCAUACAAACAAACAAAAAAAGAGAGAGAGAGAAAAUAUUAUUCAGAAGUGACCUUAGUAUUACUUCACUAUUCUGAACACAUUGAAGAUGCUCACUUCAUGUGGACUUUGAGCUACAGACCUUUUACAUCCACUGCAGACAGACUGGACGGGUUGCAAUUGCUAUGCACAGCCUAAUUGGCACUGCAAGUUUUUAGAGCCAUUUUGACUUCAUGUUGUGAAAGAGGUAUGGAGUCAAUGAUGAUGGGGUGGGGGUGAGGGGGGUAAGCCUGACCAGAGUGGGACUCUCAAUCAUAGACACACCUGCAAGUUUCUGUUUCCUUUUUGUGUUUUGUUGCUUUUAAACAUAAAACCAACCACACAUAUGCCAGUGCCAAGUGGAUUAACUGGCUUAGAACAUUCAACAUAUUGACUUAACCACCUGACGUUCACAGUGUCUGGUUUCCUAGCAACAGAUGCAAAGUGAUAAAUCAAAAUUAGUCUGAAGCCAGAUUUUACAGGGUAUUUGUUCCAUAGCACAAAGUAUUUCCCCACUCUAGCAUCACAGCACAAACUACCAAAUUUUAAUUAUUGGACUCCAGCAAUAAUUUUUAUUGAUUUUUUUCAAACUGGUGGAAUUUUGAUAGUGUUAGUUCAAGUUUGAUGCUUUUGAAUUAGAUCUCUAAAUGGUGACAGUUUACAAGGUUUUAUCUCACUUUCUUAUUUAUACUUGACUGAAUUGUAAUGAAGAUUUUCUUUUCUAAUUGUAAUUUGACCUAAUAGCCAUAAAAAUAACUCUAUUAAUACUGAAGAGGUUUAGCUUUUCAUGGUUGUAGAUAUUACUUCAGUUUCGGUGCUGGAAAAUAUGUACAACAUUCUAACAGAAUUGAAAAAGAAUAUAGUGAUCCCUUUGUUUUUCCAAAGCAGAUACAGAGGGCAGCAGCGCAUUGGAGUGGUGUCCUCAAAAAUUACAUAUUCCUCGUGGGCACAGAGAAGAAAGAAACUAUUAAGCAAAGAUAAUCAGAAGUUAAAGCUUAACCCUACUUACAUAAAAAUAAAUCAGGAAAGCAGCCCCAGAUUUUAGCAUACUAUCUUUCCUAUGAUGACCUUUUAUUAGUAUUUUCUAAAUUUCAAAACACAAAGUGAAUGUUUGAAAAUUGCUGGGUCCCAAUGUUGGUGGUGGCUGUUGGGUUAUUUUAUUAUUUUUUCUUUUUGGACCACUUGCUAGUAAUGAUUUUAAAAACAUAAUUAGCUAAAAUCCAAAAAAAAAAAAAAGAAGAAGAAGAAAAAGAAAUGAAAAUUGUAUGGUGCAGAACAUGCACCUUGACAAUGGUACUAACUUGUUAUUCUAUAGAACACAUUAGAAUAGUUCUAUUUUUGCCAGAGCACCCUCCUUCAGUCCUCCAAGUACAUUUCACUAGAUUUCCUUAAGAAAUUGCUGUAUAUUCAUGGGACCUUUUUAAAAAAAAAUUAAGGAAAGCAAAACAAGAUUACUUUUUUCUAUGUGAUUAAUAAAUAUCUUACUUGAUCUGCUUUUCCUAAACCUCAGUGGCUUUUCCCUUAGGCAGGGGUUGGGGUGGGAGGGCAACUUACUGGAUAUGACUGUUUUCAGAUACUUUAAAAAAAAAACUUUUUGUAGAAAUGCUUAAUUUUUAAGCGGUUAGGCACCGAGAGUAGCAGAAAUCCUGCAAAGCUUUAUAGUUCUUUAGAUACUCGCCUUGUUGUUUCUGAGUGAAGUCUUGAUUUCAAUAAUAGUGCUUUCCUCAUGCCCUGAAUCCACUGGAGAAGGGUGUUGGUAUUUUCAGGUAACAUUUGUUAGCACAAAUAUCAGACCAACAUGUACUCCCUCCCCCAUUUAUCAUUCUCAUUUCAUUUUUCUCAUUCUUGUUUUUAUUUUGGAAAGUCAUAUUGCUAUGGUGUGUACCUUAAUCUGCCAGCAAACACCAUCUACACUAACAUUUGUCCCACAAGCAUUCUCCAGAGAAAAAGUUGUUGCACCUUAUGUAUAUCUCAAGAAAACCAAAAUAUGAUGCUCUUCUGCUUUGUUUUAUUCUAAAUUGUUGUAUCAUAUCUUUCUGAAACCAUUCUGAAUUUAGCUGAAAUGAUUGAUAUUUAUGCUUUUAACCUUAAUUUCUGGAUUCAAACCUGUAUAUAAAUCUUUUGGAAAAAAAUUGUCCUAGCCCUCCUCUGUGAUGCUGGAAGUGGAUGAUUUAGUCUCAGAUGGAGACACAGUACUGUUCCAGUUUUCUUUAGACUUUUAUUUAUUUAGUUAUUCUGGGUAUUUCCUAUAUAAUUUUGAAGUUUGUAGAGUAUAUUAUACUAACUGAAGCUGCAGCUCCAAGAAGCUGAGAAAAAAAAAUACUGUAAGACAUCCUUUAAAAUGUUGUAUGAGUUUGGAUACUGUAAUGAGAUCAGGAAAAGAAAAAAAUGACCCACAGCAACAUUGAAAGUACAGGUUCUUAUCCCCAAAUUAAGUUAGUAGAUUGUAGAUCAGAACAAUUCUAUCACUAAAGCCUUUUUUCAAGGAUAAAAUCAUACUGUUGCAUUCAACAGUCUUUUUUUCCCCUACAAAGACCAGAAAAAAGACUUAUUUAAUUCUGUCAAAUGAUCUUUCUACCAAUGCCAUCUCAAAGCCAUGCUAAGAUAUUUUCCACAUUAUCAUGGUUAUUCUAAUUCCUGCCAUUAAAACUGCUGGAGGAAAAAAAAUAUAUAUAUAUAUAUGGAACACUAUGAACAGAAUAGAGCAUCUGAACUGGCCUGGUUAUUUCAGCCCAACAUGUUAAGUCUCCGUCAUGUUCUUAAGUCAGAUGCUACUCUGCCUAAAUCAUAAAAUUUUGUUUGCACUCUGUAGUCUUUGGCUCAUCAUAAAGAAAUGUAUGUACCUAUGUGAAAUCUAAGCAAAUUAUAAAUCAAUAUAAAACUGAGUGAACUGGACACUCAAUGACAUGUGUUAUACAAUGUGUUUUGGAAGGGUGGGGGAUGGGAGUAUCAAAUAGCUCUGUUCCUAGUUUGGCAUUUGACAUAAAUGUGAAGCAGUGGGACCAUGCUGCCUGCUAAACUACUGUAUGAAACCUAAGUGUUCUGGAGACCAGAGGCCAGAGGCCAGCAUCUGUACAACAAAGAAGAAGCACCAGACUUCACUGAGGAAAAGAAAGUCUUGCAAGACCUGGAGUCAUCAGCGGCAGACAGAAAGUGUGGUUGUACAUGAUGCUGUUAAGGAGAUUCACCUUUGAUUGCACUGCUCCACAGAGCCCUCAUGUAAGGCCAAUCCUAAUGGGCUACCUCGGCUUUCAAAGUUAAUUUCAGUAAGUCCUGUUCAAAGGUUUGUCUCUUUUUGCUUCUACCUUCAGUGCCACUUUUUUCCACUGCAGUGUUUCGACUUCACAAACCGCCUUCUCCAGAGAGAACAAUGUAUUGUUGGAAAUGGGCAGUUGAAGCAAAUGCUGUUAUUACAUAUGACCUAUAAAGUAUUCAAAGUGACUGCUAGGUGGAAAUUAAAAUUUAGCUGUUCCCACAUGGGUCCUUGUUCCACACCUUAUAAACAAAAAAUAGUGUACUAAUUGUUGAUUACAUGUUGCUUUUAUUUCUGCAAUCAUUCCCAAAGAACGAGAUCUGAAUUUUGGGAUUUUUAAAAAUCUUAAUCUAGAAUGACUAACACCAUAACUACAAUUUUUAGAAUGUCAGUUCAUCUUACUAAGUAUGUCUAGUGAAGUAUUUGAGUUUGGUGGACUGCUCUGUUCUAGUUUGGACUUGAUAGCUAAAUUAAGUUUACCCUGUAUACGUUUACCAUGUCAUUUUCCCUGAGGACAUUAUCUCCUUUUGUUUCAGAAAAAAAAGAAGCAACAAAAGAGUGGAUAAUAAAACAACUAUAUUCUCCCAUCAUACACCUCCAUCUAUGUAUACUAUACUUUACUAAUAUAUAUAUGUACAUCCUCCUCCCCCAAAAGAAGUUUCCUCUCCUGGCAAAUUUUAUUUUUUAGUGGUACACUUUAUAUUAUUAAGCUGAUUCUGUGGCACUUUCCUUGUUGUAGCCAGUGGUCAAAAGUGAUCCUGCCCUCAGAUUGAUUUUUAUGCACAGAACUAGCCCUUAUGGACAUUAUUACUCUUUCCAAAGAUUUCCUAGUAACUUGGGCCAAAACUGGUUACUAAUGUAACAGGACCUAAUCCAAUGCCUCCAAACCCUCCCACCUGCACCACAAAUCUUACCUCACAGCUCUAACCUAAAUCACAGAGGCACACAUGUUUCACGAAUUAACAGUCAUCUCUCCCUGCAGCCCCCAAGGGGGGGGGUGGUUCAUGUCCCCUGACACCUCACAUUAGUGCCUCGGCUCUAAAAGUGGCAGAACUGGGGGGUGGGGGUGGGGGGGCAAGGAAGGUUCAUGAUCUGGAGCUCAGCACAUGCUCAGCAACAUUCUUCUCAUUUUGUUAUCACUAAAACAAGUCUCUUGCUCUCAGGAAUUUGUCAAAUAAAUAACCACCUGAGAUUCCACAUAGCAGAUUAUGAACUUUUAUCAAAGGUUUGAAUUGCUUAUGUACAUGUCAUAAAUUAACCAUAGCUUCAUUUGACCAGCAGGUCUGAAGUCUGUUGACAGUUUCAGCAUGACUGAAUCGCUCAUUGUUUGCUUUCAGAAAUUGGCUUGGUUCUCUUUAGAGUUGGUGUAAACAUGCCAUGUAAUAAAUGAUUUCCACUUAAUGGUACAACAGAAUUAUUGCUUUCUUAGAUGUAUGUGUAGUAAAAGUCAAUAUACACCUUUAUAUAAUUUCUUCAAAAUCUUAUACUUAAUUUGAUAUUUCUAAAAAUUGCACAUGUAAGUCAUGUGUAUAACAUGCUAAAGUACUUUAACUGUGAUCUUAAAACUGAAUAAAAUAUUUAAUAAAAAUUUGAAAUAUUUUAAAGA